UUUUCCCGUCUACGGGGGCAAAGUAUUCCUCUCAGGGAAGAUUGUGACAGCAUCAAAAGAAUGUUGUUGUAGUGCUUCCCAUCAGAGAGAACACAAAAAAGUCUGUUUUAUUCUACAAACGGCAUUCUCUUCUUCCGUCUUUAAAAGCUAGGUUCCCUGGAAAGAUCCAGAAGGUCUUUGAUGGAUUCUUUACUUGGAGACGGCGAUAAAGGAAAGGAAUGAAAAAAACCAAGUUCUUUUUACUACACACGUUAUUGAGUUUGCAGGAAGGACAUCAAAAUUAUUGAAAGUCAAGCCUUCUUUAUUUUAUUCUCCUCUAUAAAAAAAGUUUCGGACAGACAUGAUUGUUAGCGUCUCCACCAUAUCUUAAGGCUGGUUCAGUAGGAAACAUGUAACAAUUGCGAACAAAUGUAUAGCGUGCAGUCUGUUUUCUUUUGAAUAAAAAAGAGAGUUUUCGCUGACACCGCCACUAUCCAAUCCUUAUCUGUGUGUUUUUCUCACUGUAUCUUGUCUUCUGAAGGAGCUGUCCGGAAUAUCUUGUUCAAGGUCCAUAUCUCUCACCACUCUUGACGUACAGAGGAAGGAAUGCACCAUGGCUGGUAAUGGGGAUGCUGGUCAUCUCACUGUUGCUUUUGUGGGUAAGGCGGAUGGAUGAGAGGGGACAAGAAAGCCAAAGAAGAUGCAUCAUGCGCCAAAAACCAUAAGUGAUUUUCUUGUGAAUAUUCCGAGCAAUCGUGGAAUUGAAACUUUAUAAUGUUCAAGGGGCCACCUGAUGUUCGUGCAAAUUGGUGGUAAGGGGGAACGUGAAGGGUGUCCAUUUGAAGACCCGGAUCAAGUCCCAACCCUGCCAUUCUGUUGCCUAUGUUUUUCCUUGAAGUUAUCAUUGUAAGGUUGGACACUCGGGGCUUACCUUCGACCAAGAAAAAGAAAAGGAGUUGCUAAGUGAACUGCCAACAAUUGGAUUAAUCACAGGAGCUCCACCAUUCGAAAGGAAUGGGGACAGAAGUUCAAUACUUGGUGAAUGUGUCAGUUGACUUGUCCAACAGCAACUCCGAUGUAGGCAAGCUACGGCCUGGCAGGGCAGAUACUUGGUUGUCUUUGAACCGCAGAACUCUCAGCAUUGAAGGAAAGUCUGGAUUCAGAGAAAUUCAAGGGACCAUGGAUAAGUUGCAUGACUGGUUCAAUAGAGAUUCAGUUAAGAGGACGAUGCUCAAGCAUGAAGAAAUUUUUAAAGAACAGGUGUGUGAACUGCAUCGACUUUACAGAGUUCAGAAGUCACUAAUGGCUGAAUUGAGAAACAAUGAAGCUAAAGUUCAAUCUCAUACUCAUUCGCUAACACGGGGGAAGCCCAAAGCUCAAUAUGGGUACAUGAAUCCUGAUCAUAAAGCUGAGUUUUGGAAUUCAGCUGCUAGCUCAAAUACAAGUAAUCAUCAAUGCGAGAACUGGCAUACUGUCAGGGGAACACGCCCUAAGAACAAAGGACAAUGGUUGCAAGUGGGAGACUUGAGUUCACAAGAAGCUAGUUGUUGCUCAAGAGAUACUUCGAGAUCACAACGAAGUUUCGACCUUGAAUGCCCGGCUGAAGAAUCUGCUGCUGAUGAAAACACUUCUGCCGUGGAGGAGACGGGACCUUUUCAGAGACCACUGAUUGAUAAAUUGUGUAUCAGCUACCCUCAGAAUUGGCCUAACUGCAGUGAGCAGGACACCAAUGUCGAAUUGACGCUUAGCACUGGGGGUAGCAGGGAUGUAGAGAAGAAAAGAGAAUGGGGUUGUAAGAAACCCGAAUUUGGUUGUUCCAACUCCAGCUCCAGAGAAAAUAGAUGGCUUUUGCCAUCAACUACAGGUUGGUCUGAAUCUCUCAAAAAACAGACAACAGAAACCCAGAGGUUUAUGGUAACAGAAUCUGGGAAAGAAGAACACGGCGACUCUCUUGAUCGUCAAAACAUACAGCAUCCACCGUGUUUCAGGCGUUACCUUUACAUAGAACAUCAUGAGCUGUGAAUUUAAAUAAGACUUCUAGUAUAUGUGGAUGCUCGAAAAUUGGUUUGUUUUGUCGAAAUCCAAUCAAUACUGCAUUUUCCUCUGUUGAUUACUCAGACAAUCCUGAAGUUUUAAAUUCAAAGAGAACACGCGCAUCAUCUGAUGUGUACAGGCAAUUGAUUGACACGGUUGCGUGAUUAACAAGGCUGUGAAUUUUCAGGAGCACCUACUGGAGCAUGAUCCUUGUCCAUCGGUGAAUUACGUUAUAGGAGUAUUGGCCAUGAUAUGUUUCAUAA